CAAAACGCUGCAAUUCCACCUUUUAGUACAGUCCAAUGCUGUUUCAACUAAACACAGCCCAGCUCUUCUUAUUUAAUCUUUCCAAACCGGCAAAAGAUUAUAUCACCCAAAAUAUAUCAGUGUCAGAUAUUUGAUAUAAGCGCUUGAAUCAAACAAAAGAUGAUGAUUUUUGUCUCUUUGUAGUGCCCUUGUGGUGUACAUUUCUGCCGGAAGAGGUUGUGCAUCCUCCUUCUUAGGUUGUCCAUUUCAUUUCUUUUUUCCAGUAAUUAAGCAAGAGGGUCCUUAAAAUUAUUUCUUCUAGUCCAUAAAUGUUACUCUUUCAACUAUUAUUUUUGGCUGAUUUUGUACGAGGAUUAGAUUAUAUAUAAUCAAUUUCAUUUUACCGAAAAUGGAGUGUGCUUUGGCGGGCAAGUUUUGUAAUAUAUUGUUGGUGAACUCAAGGAGUCUUAGGAUUGAGAGAAGAAUGGAAAUGAGAAGUCACAUCACGUUUCACCCCUCCAAGUUCAAGAUUACAUCAGCGCUUUCUCAAGCAAAUCAUAAUCCUUCUCUGCAGGUAGCUACUGAAAAGCAGGGAAGUCCUUCUGGUUUUGAUCUUGGAAAAUUGGUUUGGCCUUCUCAUGGGGAUGAAAUGCCAUUUUGGAUGAAUAAAUUUCCCUCUGCAGAUGUGAGCCCAGAAGUUCCUGCUGACAUAGAGAAGGACUUCAAUCUCUUGCAUAUUAUUCAUGUUACAGCUGAAAUGGCGCCUAUAGCAAAAGUUGGUGGUCUUGGUGAUGUUGUAACUGGACUGGCCCGUGCAUGUUUAUCACGCGGGCAUACAGUAGAUGUAAUGCUUCCUUUCUAUGAGUGCAUUCCAAGACAGGAGAUCAAUGAUUUGGAGUUGAUCACAACAUAUAACUCUUAUCAUGAUGGUGAUUGGGUCCCAAUAAAAGCCUAUCGCGGGUUAGUUUCAGGAAUCUCAGUGAUAUUCAUUGAGUCAUCAAAUCAGUUCUUCAAGGGGCAACAUAUCUAUGGGGGUUCAUACAAUGAGCUGGAGGCAUAUUUACUUUUUAGUCGUGCUUGUCUAGAAUGGAUGAAGGUGACUGGGGUUCACCCUGACAUCAUUCAUGUCCACGAGUGGCAGACAGGUGCUUUGCCUCUGAUGUACUGGGAUAUGUAUCAGCAUCUUUCACUCAAGAAACCAAGAAUAGUGUUGACAAUCCACAACAUGGAGCAUUAUGGGGAAUGCAGAAAAGAGCAACUUAGUAAAUGUGGUCUUGAUGGAUCUGUAUAUGGAACUGAGGACAAGGCAGUUGAUGAUCGAACAAUUGGCCACAAUCCUGAGAGAUUGAGCCUAUUGAAGGGUGGAGUUGUGUAUAGCAAUGCUGUAGUUACAGUCUCUCCAACGUAUCUUAAAGAGACACUUUGCUCUGGAUGGCUUGCUAGCACAUUGAUAAGAAAUCGUGACAAGUAUUUCGGUAUUCUAAAUGGGAUAGACACUGCGAUCUGGAACCCUGCUACUGAUGUUUUCUUGCCUGCAAAGUUUCAUGCGCAGAAACCUGAGGGAAAGAAUAUUUGCAAACAUUAUGUCCAAAGGGGGCUAGGUUUAGAAUGCUCUCUAGCUGAUAACCAUGUGCUAGAAACAACACGCAGUGGGCCCUUGAUUGUUUGUAUUACUCGACUAGUUGCUCAAAAAGGUCUUCAUUUGAUUACUCAUGCAAUUAAGCGUAUCAAAGAACUUGGUGGACAAAUGGUUGUGCUUGGAAAAGCUUCCGAUGGUCGUGUUCAGCGAGAAUUUGAGGAUCUAGCAAAUUUGCAUAAUCAAGGUUCAAGUAUCCGGAUCUUACUGAUGUAUAGUGAGGAGCUAUCCCACAUGCUCUAUGCUGCAGCAGACAUGGUGUUAAUUCCAUCCAUAUAUGAACCAUGUGGCCUUGCCCAAAUGAUUGGAAUGCGUUAUGGAGCGGUUCCAGUUGUUAGAAAGACUGGUGGUCUUGCAGACACUGUCUUUGACAUGGAUGACUCAUCAAACUAUGAAAUGGCCAAUGGGUUUGUUUUUGAAGGAAUAGAUGAAGGAUCCUUGGAUUCAGCUCUAGACAGAGCAUUUAGAUACUACAGAGACGAACCAGAUGAAUGGAAGAGUCUUGUGCAGAAGGUUAUGGAGAUAGACAAUAGCUGGAACAACACAGCCGGCAAAUAUGUCAAGAUAUACAACUCUGUUAGAGCGGUAUGCUAAUAUAAAUCUGAAGCGGAUAUACUAUGAUCGCUGAGAGACAGGCAUCAAACUUUCUAGCUGAUGCAAAGUGUAAUUUCAACUAAAAGCAUCUGAUAUGCUACCGUCAAGGAAACCUUCAUAUGAAGCCCUGGUCCAAGUUUGCUGCCCUGGAAAUGAAAAAGUUUAUCUUUCAGGUAUAAAGCAGAAUCACAUUUCAAAAAUGGUGGGAACUUCACCAAUAUUAGUAACUUUGUGUUAUUCCAGGUGUGUAUAUGUUACUGCACUUUAAAUACAUGAACAUAUUAUUUAUUUUAAUAUGUAUAAACAUGCUUUGCUUGACCAAAUAAGUUCCUGGAUCUUCCAAUAAACUAGUGGUGUUGCAAUUCUAUAAGGCUAUUUCUAAAGGAAUCAUUUGAGGGCAUCAGUGGAACCUGCCUAGGCGUGGCAAUGGUUGCUUUA